GCGAGUUUUGGGUUUUGCUGCGUGAACUAACAGCUAGCAAACAAGCUGACUGUUGGUCAGUAUUAUUCAUCUUUAAGUUUGGUGGGCUGUUGUCAACACUUACUUUGACGUUUCCCCUCAGCAUGAGCGUAAACACUCUCGUACUUCGGAAUGUAACGUGUGGUGUGUAUAACUAACUCUAGGUGUUCGAUUGCUGUGGAAUGGAUUCAUGCAUAAAAAACAUGUACGAUGCAUUUAAAGAUGAUAUCUGGAAAGAGCUGGGACCGUUGGACCCAAACUGGUUUGACGUACUGACAGCCCAAGCGUCUUUGAAUGAAGGAGAUGUUGCCGAUAAUGAUGAGUUGUGCGCCAACCAAGAGGGACAUUUCAAGGCUCCUCUGGAGAAGACGGCAGCAGAAAGCCAGCUGUUUUCAACCCCUAAAGUUUUCAGACACAGUCGAAUUGUGUCACCAGACACUGAGGAUGGUCCGUUGUUCACAGCUGCACAGGAAAAAGAAACAUUACCAUGGAUGCCAACGCAAAGUCCCUGUUUGUUUCAGCCGCCAAAACAGUGUGUCUCUAAUUUAAAAUGUGAAGGUGUUCAGCCUCAGAAUGAGGAGAGUUUUGAUCUUCUGGGUUCCCCAGAGAAAUCCUCCGCCAGCUAUGCCAACCACAUUUCUGAAAGUCUCGGCGCACAGAUCAACCCUGACAUUUCUUGGACCAGUUCUUUUAAUACACCACCAGCUUUGCCAUCUACUCUAAUUUUAUCUAAAACUGAUGAGAGUCCCUGUCCAGUGAGUGUUACUGCAGACAGAAAAGUUGUUUUUGUACGAAAGCUUUUCCCUUCACUUUCGAAUUCCUCCCUUAAGACAUCAAGGACUUCCCUAGGUCCAGUUUUCCCUGUGACUGAUACCUGCUUCGAGUCUCCAUUGAACCAGAGUGAAAAUCAUCAACAACAGAAAGUUCCAGAUGCUCUGGAAGGAGACGUUUAUAGCGCAGAUGCACCUAAAACGUUCUUUGCAAAUAGUAGUUCUGCUCUGAGAAAAGUGAAACCUGACAGAGUUAAACGUAAGCAAAUAAUUCAGACAAAUGUAGAUGUCUGCAGCCAUGAAAAUACCUCAAACUCAGACAAUGCUGCAUCCAGUGAAGAGGCUAUUGCUGAUCUAGAAUCUGGGGGUUUGCCUUCAACGCCACUGGUGAAAACUGGAGAUACUGCAAUCAGCCAGUGGUCUCCUCUAAGUCUAUCUGAAAUCUCAUCUUCUGCUGUGGGAAGCAAUAUGACACUUUUAGGGGACACUGACUCUGUGCAACCAACCAGGCCAACAUUGAAAAUGACUGAUUCUGGAUUUACUCAAAAAAAGAGAAAGUUUGUUUACACUAUCACAACCACAAAAUCUCCAGCUUGUGGCCAAGACUUCCAGACAACAGAUCCCUCACUCAAGAUUUCAGAGUCUGAACAACAAAACAGCAAGUCAUUUAUGAACACCCCAGAUAAAGAAGCGUGUCAGAGGACUAAAAAUCAAAGAAUUAUUGUGGAGGAAACCAUUGAUUCCUCUCUUGGAACAAAACUCCAGGAUAUUGACAUGUCACAACUUUGUCGAGAUUUUGCACAGGACUUCAGCCAAAUGACAGACUUAAAACCUGUGGAGAACAUGCAAAGGAACUUCUCUCCUGCAGUGUGUCUGUCUGCUUUGAAACAAGCAAAACAGAACAGAAAGCCAGCUAACUUUCCCAAUGAUUACAGUUGUAUCAGUAAAAACAGACUCAUCCCUACCAGUAAUCAACCAUGCUCGAUCAGUGAAGUCACUAUGAUUGACAGCGGAUUCCAAUCAGGUGUAGCAGAUGUCAGCCAUAUGACUUCCUCAUCAUUUGGUCUUCCGCUUUUAGAGAAUGUUGGCCAAAACCAACCAAAGCUGAGUUUCAAAACUGGUAUGCAUAAUUUUCCCUCAACUAAUGGAAGUGGAAAGCCAAAAUUUGAUGUUGAAGUGCCUGUGCAGAGGUCUGGCACAGGGCAGGCUCUGGACCAUGAAAAGGAAAUUGAGUUGCACAUAGCAAGCAUAUCAACAGAUCAAUUAUGGGACAGAGAAGAAGCUGUUGGUGAAAGUAAAAGCAGCCAGCCACAAAAAACUCCUGUUUUUCUUCUGCCUGCUGAUGCAUCAGGAUUCAGAACCUCCUCAAAUAAAGACAUCCCCAUUUCCCUUGCUAACCUGGAAAAAGCAAAGUGUUUCUUUGAAGUGACUGAAGAUAAAAAGUCUUCUCUUGAUAACUGCACCAAAUCCUACCAUGGCAUUAUUUAUAAAAGUAAUUCAAUUUGUGAAAAAGCAACAGAUACAUCAUCGAACUCAAGCCUGCCCGCCUGUGCUGGAAAGUCAUUUGGAAAUGUCAGUUCCCAAUUAACAGCCUCAGAAAAAGCCGAUGUGUCUGAACUUUGCACUCUCUUGGAAGAGGCAGACAGCCAAUUUGAGUUUACACAGUUCAAAUCUACAAAAAAGCUACCAGAACAUCAACAUAAUCACAGUCUUCCACAAAAAGAAGACAAGGAUCUUGACCCUGCUCUUCUUGCAGAUUUAGACUUUGACGACAGCUUUAGUUCUGAAGGUGGAAAGCACUCCUUAGUCAUGAUGAAUAACAAAGUCGCCUCAGUCUUAGAAAAUAGGACACAUGGAGAAACAGCAAAAGCCAUAAAUCAGUGCACAGGAGUGUCAGAUUUACUGGAAAGGGAAACUCCUUUAAAUUCUUUGUCAGGAAACAUUUCUGAAGAGAGGGAAUUUCUAAAGUUUGAUAAGCCAAAUAUUCUUCCUGGGGCUGAGGAUACUGAAGCUAGAUAUCUGGAGAAAAACAAAGGUGUGAUCCAUAGUGAGGCCUUUAGGACAGCAGGUGGAAAUGUUUUGCAUGUCUCUAAAAAGUGUCUGAACAAAGCCAAGGCUUUGUUUGCAGAUCUGGAGAGUAACUUGACAGAUCAGAAACCUUCUGAUAAGCAGAACGGGAAAAAUGCUGCCAUAACAGAACAGAAAUGUAACAGGGAUUCUGACACGUCCAGAAAGGACUCAGAAAGAAAGAAGGAAAACUGGGAUGUCGGAAGCAAAAUUGAGAAUUGCUUUUCCAAAUUAGAAGGGGUUGUCUGUUCAAAUAAAAAUGUUAGAAACAAGAGCGACACCAAAAGUGUGAAAAAUAAUGAAAUUGACACAAUAAUCUGUGAAAAUGGGUUCAGAAAGGCCAGUGGGAAAGGAAUCUCAAUUUCUGCUAACUACAUGCAAGAGGCAGAUGCAUUUUUCAAAGACUGCCAUGUAAUGGAGCACAAAGAAAGUAACAAAAGCUUUUCAAACUACAAAAGCCCUCAGGUCAGCAUUUCUAAGAAGAGUGUCACUGGAUGCACUAAACUUGAAAAUGUAAAUACAGCCGUGGUCUCACAUCACACAAAAGGACGACGUCUGAAUGAAGUGGAAAGAAAUGGCAAGUUUACAGCAGCUUUGAAAAAUGAGGAUGAAAAAUCUUUUCCGACUUCAAAGCCAUUCGCUAUGCUUCACCCAUCAAAGAGCACGGAUUCAUCUGCUUUUGAAGAGCUGUGCACAGGUGAUGGGUUUUGUACUGCUGCUGGGAAGAACAUUAGUGUGUCUGCUGUUGCUAUGAAAAAAGAUGAAUCUCUUUUGAAUCACAUUCACGCACCCGAGGAGAUAAACAAAGAAACUAAUGAAAAAGAAAAGGCUUUGAAAACAAAAUGCCUUGGUGAUAAGAUAUCGAACCUUGAUGCUGGUGGUUUCCAAGUUGUUAAUGGAAAAAAAUGUGCAAUUUCAUCAACACCUUUAAAGAAAGCAACUCUGCUAAAAGAAUCUGAAAAAUCACAAGAUGAAAUUUGUAUUUCCUCUCACCAAUCCAGUUCCAAGAUACCAGUUAUCCCAGUUACUAACCUCUGGAGUUGUGGUUUUUCUACAGCCAGUGGUAAACCUGUUGUCUUGUCAUCUGUGGCCUUGGAGAAGACUCAGACACUGUUUAGUGACAUCAGUUUGAACAUGGAUAAGGUGGCAGAAUCUGCUCCAGUUAAACAGGAUAAGAAACAUCAAACAGAACCAGAAAAAAUAUGCUCUGGUUUCACAACUGCAGGAGGAGCAAACGACCAAAUGUCACAGGAAAAAUUUUAUGAUUUGGUUUUAGCCAAAGCAGUGGAAGAUGAAGAUGCUCUCUCCACCAACGGUGUUCUGGAAAGCAACAAUGUAAUGUUGGGGAGUGUGGGGAGCAAGAAGGAAGAUGAAAAACCUCAUGCAGAUCAAAGAUUUAGAACACACACACCUGUAGAGGCUGUGAAAGGAUGCUUCAAGGAUGCAGAUAAACAAGAGAAACACAAAGAGAACCUUGUACCACAAGCAAGCUGUGGAUUUAAGACAGCCAGUGGGAAAAAAGUUGAAAUUUCAUUUGAAGCUCUGAAGAAAGCAGAAAACUUGUUAGGUGACUGUGUAGGAGUCAUGGAUACAGUGAAUGCAGCACUGCCAGAAUCCAAGGCUAUUGAUCUUCCAGUCAGAAAUGAUGGAUUUCAAUCUGCCAGCGGUAAACCUGUAGCACUUUCAUCAGAGGCCCUUCAAAAGGCAAAAUCUCUCUUCAGUGACAUCGGUUUCAGAGCAGAAGACUCUUCACAGAUGAGGAGCAAUAAUCAAGACGGUAGCAACAAUACAGAGAAAAUGUCUUGUGGUUUCACAACUGCAAGAGGAGAAAAAGUUGAUGUGUUGCAGAAAAAUCUUCAGAAGGCAAAAGUACUUUUCAAAGAACUUGACGAUCAGGUUUUAACCAAAGCAGCGCAGGAGAAAAAUGCUUUCUUUGCAGGCUGUGAUAUGGACAUUAAUAAGGAAAUGUUGGAAAAUGACUUAAAAGGUAAAGUACAUAUGCAGAGGAGCAGAAAGGCAAGUGUUGCAAAAUGUUACACAGAUGAUGAGAUGAGGGUAAGCAUUUCUAUACCUCAGUGCUCCAGCAAUGCAAACAAACAAAUGGAACAAAGAGAAAACAUUUUACCGCAAGCAAGCUGUGGAUUUCAAACAGCCAGUGGGAAAAGAGUGAAUGUUUCAUCUGAAGCCCUAAAGAAAGCAGGAACCCUGUUUAAUGAGUUUGAAGGAAUUCAGGGUAAAACAAAUGCAAUGUCAUCACAGUCCCAGUCUUCGGCUCUUUCCUUCAGAAUCUGUGGGUUUCAUUCUGCCAGCGGUAAACCAAUGGCACUUUCCACUGAGGCUGUUCAAAAGGCUAAAUCCCUCUUUGGUGACAUCACUUCCAGUGCGGAGGACUCAGAUUUUUCACAGAUAGUAAAAGCUCAUGGGGAACAAGACAGUCGAAGCAAAACUCAGAAAAUAUGUUGUGGUUUUACAACCGCAAAAGGAGAAAAAGUUGAUGUGUCGCAGAAAAAUCUUCAAAGGGCAAAAUUCCUCUUCAAAGAAGUUGAUGAUUUAGCUUUAACAAAAGCAAUGCAAGAUGCAGAUCAUUUUUUUAACCAAGAGGAAGGUUGGACUAUGGACAGUAACAGUGAAAAAUCAUCAGAACAAAUUAAUACGGCGCCCGUUAAUGAAAGGGGCAGCAUAAAGGGAAACAUGUCCAAACCCAGAACAAAUACCGGCAGUAUUUGUGAAGAGCCUGAAAGUGGUUCCAUCAAAGCAAAACAGAGUGAAGGUGGAUUUCAGACAGCAAGUGGGAAAAGAGUGGAUGUUUCAUCUGAAGCCCUAAAGAAAGCAGGAACCCUGUUUAAUGAGUUUGAAGGAAUUCAGGAUAAAACAAAUGCAAUGUCAUCACAGUCCAAGUCUUCGGCUCUUUCCCUCAGAAACUGUGGGUUUCAUUCUGCCAGCGGUAAACCAAUGGCACUUUCCACUGAGGCUGUUCAAAAGGCUAAAUCCCUCUUUGGUGACAUCACUUCCAGUACGGAGGACUCGGAUUUUUCACAGAUAGUAAACGCUCAUGGGAAACAAGACAGUCGAAGCAAAACUCAGAAAAUAUGUUGUGGUUUUACAACCGCAAAAGGAGAAAAAGUUGAUGUGUCGCAGAAAAAUCUUCAAAGGGCAAAAUUCCUCUUCAAAGAAGUUGAUGAUUUAGCUUUAACAAAAGCAAUGCAAGAUGCAGAUCAUUUUUUUAACCAAGAGGAAGGUUGGACUAUGGACAGUAACAGUGAAAAAUCAUCAGAACAAAUUAAUACGGCGCCCGUUAAUGAAAGUGGCAGCAUAAAGAGAAACAUGUCCAAACCCAGAACAAAUACCGGCAGUAUUUGUGAAGAGCCUGAAAGUGGUUCCAUCAAAGCAAAACAGAGUGAAGGUGGAUUUCAGACAGCAAGUGGGAAAACGGUUGCUGUUUCAGCUGAAGCUCUGUCGAGGUCAAAACGUCUGCUGAGUGAAAACAAAGCAGAUGAGGAGAGCCCUUGUGUUUUUGCUGCAAGUGGUAAACCAUUUUCACAUGAGGCCUUACAGAAAGCAAAGACUUUCUUUAGGAGUGGAGUGAAGUCAUUACCUUCAGCAGCAGACAGCCGAAGUGACGACCACGUAGAUGAAAAGUCACACUUGUCAAUUUGCAAUUUAAAUACUAAAAGCAGCAACCAGAGAUCUGACCUUAUACAAACAAAUAAAUCUUCAGAUCCAAAAUUUCAGUUGCUAAACCUCGCUGGCUGUACAGAAACACAGCACAAGUUUCUUGCCCAGGAAGCUUUAGAUUGCACAAAAGCCUUACUAGAAGAUGAAGUUCUAGCUGGUCAAAGUCUGUUGACGACUUCAGAAAAUUUGCAACUGCUAGAUGACCAAGAUUUAAACAAAAAAUCAGCUGAAGAGGACAAAGGGAGGAAAAGAAGAAGUGCUGAAGAUCUCACUGCUCAGCCACCUUCUAAAAGAAGGUUACUGGAAGAAUUUGACAGAACCGCUGAAAAUUCCCGAGGUUCUGGACUCCACCCAGUGAAAAGUGGCCCAAAUGGGUUAAUGGACAGGGGUGUUUUCAGGUAUGGCGCCUUUCUUCAUCCAAACAUUACAAAGCCAAACAGGGAUACAAAAAGCUUUGUGGACACAAGAGUACAAAGGACAAUCCAAAUGCCACAUUCUGACCAAGGAGAUUGUCGAUCUGCAGCCUGCAGGAUGCCGACAUUUGUCCCACCAUUUUUCAAAAACGCAAAGAGAGAUCCACUCAAUAAACCAGAGGCCAGAGACCGCAAAAAAGUGCCUGCGUUUGUUCCACCGUUCAAAAAACAAAGGGUUGUCCAGCAAGAAAGUUCCCCUAAACAGCAGGAGGACAAUAAGCAGCAUCACUCUUUAUGUUUGGGGACCAACAGCAAAACAGAUGCACCACUUACUAAAACAACCCAAAGCUGUGAAGAAGUUGUCACUUUAGUCAACUCUUCAAACACUAAGACGAUUAAUCAAAAUGUUCCUCUAAAGGUGGGAUCUGUCAGCUCUACUGAAAUGCUACAUGUGGAUGAUAAGCUUUCCGAAAGCCCAGACAGGACUGAGAACAUUGGACUGGCCCGGGACAUGCAGGACAUGAGGAUUAGGAAAAAGAAGCGGCAGACCAUUCGACCGCUGCCUGGGAGCUUAUUUCUGACAAAAACCUCAGGGGUGGCGAGAAUCCCAUUAAAAGCUGCAGUCAGUGGAAAUAUCCCAGCAAGAUACUCGCCCCAAGAGCUGUAUGAGUGUGGAGUCCAUAAGUAUGUUCCAGAGAUCACCGGUGCGAACGCUGAAUCAUUUCGCUUCAAUUUGCUGCAAUUCGUCAAACAAGAAACGUUAGCCGAUGGCGGUGGUGUUCAACUCGCUGAUGGAGGCUGGUUGAUCCCCAGUGAUGACUGGACAGCAGGAAAAGAAGAAUUCUAUAGAGCAUUAUGUGACACUUCUGGAGUGGAUCCCAAACUGAUCAGUGAGCAGUGGGUGUACAAUCACUACAGGUGGAUUGUGUGGAAGCAGGCCUCCAUGGAGAAAUCCUUUCCAGAAACAAUGGGCAGCCUUUGCCUCACCCCAGAGCAGGUUCUCCUCCAGCUUAAGUACAGAUAUGACGUAGAGGUGGACCACAGCCGCAGACCAGCUUUGAGGAAGAUCAUGGAAAGAGAUGAUACGCCGGCCAAAACUCUUGUUCUCUGUGUGUGUGAGAUCAUCUCUAAAGGUCACCUCCUACAUGCUCAGAGCUGCAGUGACACCAAGAUGUCACAAAGUGCUGAAACUAAGGUGGAAACUCCAGUUGCGGUUGUGUGGCUUACAGAUGGCUGGUAUGCCAUCAAAGCUCAGCUGGAUGAACCAUUGACUGCAAUGCUUCACAAAGGUCGGCUUGCUGUUGGUGGCAAAUUGAUAAUCCAUGGAGCGCAACUGAUUGGACCACAAGAUGGUUGCUCACCAUUGGAGGCACCGGAUUCUUUAAUGUUGAAGAUAUGUGCCAAUAGCACUAGGCGUGCACGGUGGGAUGCUAAGCUGGGAUUUCACACAGAUCCACGACCAUUUCUGCUUCCAGUCUCCUGCUUGUAUAGUAAUGGAGGUCCAGUAGGAUGUGUUGACAUCUUCAUACUGAGAAGCUAUCCCAUUCAGUGGAUGGAGAGGAAAUCAGAUGGAGGUGUUGUGUUUAGAUCUGUUCGGGCAGAAGAGAAGGAGGCGAGACGAUUCAACAGCCACAAACAGAAAGCAGUAGAGUUGCUGUUUGCCAAAGUUCAAGCUGAAUUUGAAAAAGAAGAAGAAGGGAGUAUCAAAUGUCAGCGCAGAAGGCAAACGGUCGGCAAGCAGGAUAUCGGGAAUUUGCAGGAAGGAGAAGACUUGUAUGAAGCACUUGGAGAUGACCCUGUUUAUUUGGAGGCUCAUUUAAGUGAACAACAGCUGGAGAGUCUUCAGGCCUACAGGCGCUCACUGAUGGAGAAGAAGCAGGCUGAGCUGCAGGACAGAUAUUGGCGUGCUCUGGAUGCAGAGGACAAUGAAAUGAGCUGUCCAAAAAGAGAUGUGACACCUGUAUGGAGACUUUGCAUCGCUGACUCAAGGAUUCAGUCCAGCUGCGUUUAUCAGUUAAACCUUUGGCGGCCUUCUUCAGACCUCCAGUCUUUGCUGAAGGAAGGUCGUCGAUUCAAAGUGUAUAAUCUUGUUGCCUCUGAUGGAAAGAAACGUAGCAGCGUUGAAACUGUUCAGCUGACCGGGACGAAGAAGACACAGUUCCAGGAACUUCAGGUGUCACAAGAAUGGGUGUCAUCGCAUUUUCGGCAAAGAAUCUCCACAGAUUUUGUAGAUCUUCAGAAUGAGGAAUUCAAGCCUCUGUGUGGAGAAGUUGAUCUCACAGGAUUAGUCAUCAGUGUUGUAGAUCAACAGGGCUCCUCUCCUGCAUUUUAUUUGGUUGAUGGGAAAAAGAAUUUUGUGAAAGUGCGCUGCUUCAGCAGCUUGACUCAGGCUGGCCUUGAAGACAUAGUGAAACCACGUGUUCUUUUGGCACUGAGUAACCUGCAGCUCAGAGGCCAGUCUAUACACCCCACUCCGGUUCUGUAUGCUGGGGAUCUUACUGCCUUCUCUACAAACCCCAAAGAGAUUCAUCUACAGGAAUCCCUCAACCAACUCAAAAACGUGGUACAGGGUCAGGACAACUUCUUUUUGACUGCUGAGGAAAAGCUUGCCCAUUUAAUCAAGUCUGAUGGAUCCUGCUCUUCAUCCUUGCAACCUCAAAUGCCAGUCGCUGCAAGAAGACAAGACUCAAAGACAAACAUGGCCUUUCUGAAACCAAUCAAAAGCCUCGGAUCGUUUACACCUGUCAGCAGUAACCUUCCUGUUGCAACAUCUUCAACAGAAAAAGACCCCAAAAGCUUGAAAAGAAAAAGAGCUUUGGAUUACCUUUCUCGCAUCCCGUCUCCACCACCCAUCUCCCCCCUCGGCUCAGUGGUGUCUCCUUGUGUAAAUAAAACAUUCAACCCACCUCGAAGGUCUGGGGCCCCUAGCACUUUAAAGCCUGUACAGACUGCUACACCAAAAUCGACUGAUUCUCUGGUGGAUGAUGAAUGGGUGAAUGAUGACGAACUGGUUAUGAUUGAUACUCAGGCGUUGCAUGUUGGCAAUUUAUUUUAGUUUUUAUAUAUUAAAACUAUACAAAGAAAUAAAUGUGAAAACUUAAAGUUGCUUAAAAUCCUGUGGUUGUAUUUGUCAUGUCCUUAUACAUAUUAAAGUAGUGAAAUUGCUCUUCACAUUAAAAGUCAUUACUUCUG